UGCGGGUCCCGGCCGGGCUGUGGAAAUGGCGGCUGCCGGCGGCGCGUUGUGUAUGGUUCUUCUGGUGGUGACCGACCUGGCGGCGGGCUACAGUUUCCCGGCCAACUACACAAUUCAGUACUGGGCAGGGAGGAUUGAACAAGAACUGGACCGAGUAGUCCAACAGGUCAGCGGGAUUCAACAGCUUAAAACGCUGUAUGAUGACCACAAACAUCUCUUCGAAAUCAAGGAGAACAUUCCUGACAAGCUGGUGAAACGAGUGGCCAGUGAGAUCGAGAAACUCUUGGACAAGAAGGUGGAGGCUUUGGAGAGACUGGCCAAGGCUGCAGAGCAGUUUCAGAAGGAGCAUCGUUGGCAAGAUGAUAUUAAGGAGCGAGACGUUUUAUACUUUGAUGCAAAAGCAGGAACAUCUGAUGGUGCUGACAGAGAUGAUGAAAGCUCAGACGGAGAACAGACUAAUCCUUUGCAGUUAGAAUUUGUGGAUGACCCGAACUUCAAGGUCAAGGUCAACUAUUCAUACAUGGCAGUGCAGAUCCCAACAGACAUCUACAAGGGCUCGACUGUUAUCCUCAAUGAGUUGAACUGGACAGCAGCCCUGGAGGACGUGUUCAAACGCAAUCGCGAGGAUGACCCUUCGCUACUCUGGCAGGUGUUUGGAAGUGCCACAGGUGUCACCAGGUAUUACCCAGCAACUCCCUGGGGCCUCCCCAAUAAGAUUGAUCUGUAUGAUGUACGACGGAGACCCUGGUAUAUCCAAGGUGCCUCCUCCCCAAAGGACAUGAUGAUUAUAGUGGAUGUAAGUGGUAGUGUAAGUGGUCUUACACUGAAGCUGAUGAAGACGUCUGUUAUUGAGAUGUUGGACACACUAUCCGAUGAUGACUAUGUUAAUGUUGCUUCGUUCACUAAUGAAGCCAGUCCAGUGGCCUGCUUCAAGCAGCUUGUUCAAGCCAAUGUCCGGAACAAGAAGCUUCUGAAGGACGGUGUACAAAGGAUGAAUGCCCAGGGAGUGACGGAUUACAAGACAGGAUUCCAUUAUGCAUUUGAUCAGCUGCUCAAUACGACCUCGAUUCGAGCAAACUGCAACAAGAUGAUAAUGAUGUUCACAGAUGGUGGAGAGGAUCGAGCUCAGGAUGUCUUUGAAAAACACAAUUGGCCCAAUAAGACAGUACGUGUCUUUACUUUCUCAGUUGGACAGCACAACUAUGAUGUCACGCCUCUGCAGUGGAUGGCCUGCACAAAUAAAGGGUAUUACUUUGAAAUCCCUUCCAUUGGUGCAAUUCGGAUCAACACUCAGGAGUAUUUGGAUGUUCUGGGCCGUCCCAUGGUGAUGGCAGGAAAGAAAGCCAAGAAGGUUCAGUGGACCAAUGUCUAUCAGGAUGCCUUGAGCCUUGAAUUGGUGAUCACAGGGACAAUGCCAGUUUUCAACAUCACAAUGGACAAUGGCCAACAGAACCAGCUGAUGCUUGGGGUGAUGGGCAUCGAUGUGGCUCUUGAUGACAUCAAGAAGUUCACACCUCGCUACAAUUUAGGUGGCAAUGGGUACUUUUUUGCCAUUGAUCCAAAUGGGUAUGUACUGUUUCAUCCCAACCUACAGCCAAAGAUUAUAAACUUCCAAGAGCCGGUAACUCUGGACUUUCUGGAUGCUGAACUGGAGGAUGAAAACAAGGAAUGGAUCCGGAGAAACAUGAUUGAUAAGAAAUAUGGGAAUAUGACAAUCCGAACUCUAACCAAGUCCCUGGAUGAGAGAUAUAUUGAUGAAGUAGAUAGGACAUACACAUGGAUCCCAAUUCAAACUGCUGAUUACAGCCUGGCUCUUGUAUUGCCGCCGUAUAGUAAAUAUUAUAUUCAUGCCAAGCUGGAUGACCAAAUCCUUCAAGCUCAGUUCCAAAACAACAGCAAGGAUUUUGAAUCCUUGUUACCCAGCUCCUUUGAGACGGUGGGACAUGUAUUCAUUGCUCCCAGGGAAUACUGCAAGGACCUAGUCAAGUCAGACAACAAUACCGAGUUGUUACUCAAUUUCAUCGCGCUGAUGGAUAAGUACACCCCUGACUCCAAAAACUGUCCCUGCAGGGAGUGCACCCAACACAUCACGCAGCCUCUCCGGACUCUGGAUUGGGGGAUUGCCAAACGUGAAUCGGACUUGAUCUAUAAUCUGAUCUUGGAUUCAGGAAUCACUGCCAAGUUAGUGGAGAAAGUCUGGAAGAAUCACGACUUGCACACGCUGGGUCUGCUUGCAGUCUUCGUAGCCACAGAUGGAGGAAUCACAAGAUUAUUUCCAGCCAAGGCUGCUGAAGAUUGGAUUGAAGACCCAGAGCCUUUCAGUGCAAGCUAUUACAGGCGGAGCUUAGACAACACUGGUUUCAUCUUCAGUGCACCGUAUAGGGAACCUAACACCAUGCUGGGGAUGGACGUGCUAAACGGUAGCAUUGGGAUUCUCGUGAGUGCUGCUGUGAACCUUGACAUCUACGGGAAAUCCCUGAAACCUGCAGUGGUUGGUGUGAAGCUGGACUAUGAAGCAUGGGUCUCAAAAUUUAAAAUCCUUGCCAGUAACCAGACAAACCGAGACCAGGUGGAGCCAAGGAAGUGCAUGCCAUCAUCUGACUGUGAGAUGGACUGCGAUGUGAACAGUGAGGAUCUGUUGUGUGUGCUGAUUGAUGAUGGAGGUUUCCUGAUCAUGUCCAACCAACCGGAACACUGGAGUCAGAUUGGUAUGUUCUUCAGUGAAGUGGAUCCCAGUUUGAUGAAUGCACUCUACAAUGCUUCAUUCUACACAAGAAGGGAAUCCUAUGACUAUCAGUCUGUGUGUGGCCCCUCCCAUAAUACUGACACAGGAGCAGCACCCAGAUCCAUCUUCAUUCCUACAGUUUCUGAUUUGCUGAACCUGGCUUGGUGGAGCUCAGCUGCUGCCUGGUCUUUAUUGCAACAGUUGUUGUACACGUUAACCUUCCAGAUCAGCUUCCAAGCAGCAGAUGACACAUUGGCAGACAGCACUGAACUGAGAGAGACAAGCUGUGUCACCAAGCAGACACAGUACUACUUUGGCAGCAACAGAAGAUCCUACAGCAAUUUAAUUGAUUGCAACAACUGCUCCAGGUUUUAUCAUGCGCAGAGAUUGGCCAGAACCAACCUACUGUUUGUGGUGGCAGAGAAGCUGACCUGUAGUCAGUGUGACAAAACCAAACUGGUCCACGCUGAAGUAAGAUGUAUCCUGUCACAGCACAUUGUUAACAUUGGAGCUAAAGGAAUGUUCAGAGUUUCACUGUGCUGAAGCGAGAGGAUCCAGGGACCUGGUAUCAGGAUGCAGCUGUUAAUGCUGAUGUCUCAUAGGUCUAACAACCCAGGUGCUGUUUAUAUUACCAUGCACCCUGAGUCUGCACUGCUGUCCUUCAUGUGGUCUGUUUGCCUCCCAUAUCCCAAUCGUGUGCCAGGGGAUUGAUUGGCACUAAAAAUGAUGUAACUUAAUGUAGUUAAUGGCAAAAAAAAAUCCAAGGAGAGUCAUAGAGUUGUAAAGCACAGGAACAGGCUCUUCAGUCUAAUAUGUCGAUGCUGGCCAUUUUGUCCAUCAAUGAUAAUCCCACAUUAGGCCCAUCUCCUAAGCCUCGUGAAUGCUGUGAUUAUAUUCAGCUCAAUUCAGUCCAUUUAUUGUUAUUUAACCAUAUGAAUUUUCAUGAAUACAGCCAGACGAGACAGCGUUAAUAUGGGGUCAAGGUGUAAAGACACAUUACCAACAGUCACACACAGUAAGCACACACUAGAUCACAAUCACGCAAUAAGAGUCCUGAUGAUCACCCCACUCUUCCCCACCGCACCUGACUCCACGGUUUGAUGCAUACAAGUCGACUGUCAAUGCCCGUUAGGUGACACUGUGGCUUUGAGGCUCAGUCCUUUUCCCUGCGCCCGAUCCCCACUCGACGAAUCCAUGGCUUUGAGGCCCAGUCCACACGUAUACAAAACACAACCCGACAAAUAUCUAUGUGUAUAGUCCAGACCCCCAGUCCAUUUUAAAUCUUCAGUUGCCACAACUGCGCCACACUGCCCCCGGUAGAACGUGAUGGCUCAGGCACCUCAUCUUCAACGGUUGAAAAGCAAGCAACCCACAGUGUGAGGCCUGAGCCCAUUGAACAUAGAAAUCUACAGCACAUUAUAGGCCCUUCAGCCCAGAAUGUUCUACUCUAGAAACUGCCUAGAAUUUUCCUACUGCAUAGCCUGCUAUUUUUCUAAACUCCAUAUACCUAUCUAAGAGACUCUUAAAAGACUCUAUCGUAUCUGCCUUUACCACUGUCACUGGCAGUGCAUUCCAUGCACCCACCACUCUCUGUGUGAAAAACUUGCCUCUGACACACCUACUUAAAAGCACCUUAAAACUAUGCCCCCUCAUGUCAGCCAUUUCAGCCGUGGGAAAAAGCCUCUGACUAUCCACACGAUCAAUGCCUCUCAUCAUCUUAGACACCUCUAUCAGGUGUUACGUAUUCAGGCAACAAUAAAUAUAUGAGAUCGGCAAGGGUUUCUUAUAACAAACAACACGUUUAUUAAACACCGAAAACAAACCCCCCAAAAGUAAACAAACACUACCGUAACCGGAAACAGCUGCUGAGCAGCUGUUCAAACAGUUCGUAAAGUGAUAUUCCAAAACAGUUCUUUAAAGUGGUAUUGCCAAAAGUUCAAUACCCUCACAGUCCAUUUAAAAGGAGAGACUUUACAGGACGAUUUAAAUUCUCCUUCACGUCGCUUGCUUCGAUCCCCGACAUCGAACUUCCCACGAAGAAUUCACGAAACAGAACGGCUUAAAGGCACUGACCUUUCCUUCUUCACUACCUUCAAUCCUUUCUAGUUAAACCUAGGGAUUAACACGAAGAUAGUCAACGAAAUCCUUCCAAAUAAGGAUCAAACAAAGGUCGCCCCCGUUUCACCGUAGAAAGCGAUUCUCCUUGAUCUUUAACUUCCAACUUUGAAUCUUCACUCUCCUCUAAUUGCGAAAUAACAGAAUCAUAAAGAACCUGCUGGCGAUGACCUUUUAAACUUUAGACAUUAAAUAAAAACUUCAUCCUUCAACUAAACUGCGUCAUCACUUCAAACACGCAGUGGCAUGAAGUCAACUUGGCAAAUCCAGCCACGAACUGCCCCUCCUCACAGGGUGGGGUCUACCUUUUAUAACCUGUAAAAAAAACCCGUCACAUGAUCUCUACUGGCAGGAAAAUGACAUCACCACCAUCACAAGACCAUCACCUCAAGUCCAGUACAGCUUCAACUCCAGUCACAUGACAAGGGCACCACUGUCAUGUGUCACGAGUACAUAACACCUCCCUCCAAAAAAAACAUUUUUGGUCUGACAAGAACAAAAAUUUUUUAACAAUUGCUUACAAGAAAAACAAAGGUAUAAAUUUUAUAACAUACACAAUACACAACACCAUCAUAUAACAGCUUAUAAGUCACAAUACAGUAGGAGUGUUACAAUUGAAAAGAAAACCACUCCAUAAAAAAAAAUUACAGUGUACAUUCAACAUCGGGAUAGACAAUCAGCAACCACAUUAUCUUUACCUUUAAUAUGUCAUCACAAUAUUGUACUCUUGUAACAUCAAACUCCAAUUUAAUAACCUUCUGUUUUUGUUUUUCAUCUUACUCAGAAAAACUAACGGAUUAUGAUCAGUGUAAACAAUAAGUGGUUUCUGAGUUGUACUAACAUAUACCUCAAAAUAUUCCAAAGCUAAAACAAGAGAUAACAAUUCUUUCUCUAUUGUCGAAUAAUUUCUUUGAUGCUUAUUAAAUUUCUUAGAAAAGUAA